GAAGUUAUCCUUAUGAUAUAAAUGUACAAGGCUGUAUUGAGGUUAAGAAAAUAAAAUAUUGAAAUAUGUACUAUACAGAAAAGUUGCUAUAAGAUUCAAUAAGUCACGAUAUCUCCACUCCCUUCACUUAGCUUGUGUCAAGCACAAUUUCGCCAGCUACCGCCCAGUGGACUGGGUGGAGUCUCCGAAAGGAUGAUUGUGUACUUGUAGAUAGGACCGCAACCAGAUAGACAGCGUAGGGGACAAGUCUUGGAACCAAAUAUACCAAGAAAAUGCUAUAUCAAAAUUUUGGAUCGAUUCACUGAUGCCAUCAAAAAAGGGAUGGAGCCUGCAAAGGCGUUCACCACGCAAAACGACAAUGAACUUCUUGGCCUUAACAAUCCUGCUAACAGCUCUGCUCUUCGCCCACGCCAAUUCUUAUUCGACACCUGAGAAAUGUGGGGAACUUGAGGAGUAUUUAGUAUGCGGCAAGGAAUGCGAGGACGUCUGUCAGGACACCGGCAGGGCGCCACUGUUCUGCACGGCCCGCUGCAAGAGGGGUUGUUUUUGCAAGUCCGGGUAUCUGAAAGAUCUUUCGACGGGUAAAUGCGUUGAGCCCAAGGACUGUCCGCCCAGAUAAUCGUCGGAUCUCGUGAUCCAGGACGAUGAACGUAAAAUAUACCUACUGACUGUAAUAAACUUCUUCAAAAAAA